AUGGAUAAGUUUAAAGUGUGUCCAGAUGAGAAGUUCAUCGCUCAAUAUGCCAACAAUGAUGAGAUAAUCAAACGUCUCAAGUACACACCAAACAUGUCCUCAAAGUCAGCCGCGAUCAAACUCAUUGGCCAGGCUGCGUCCACAGGUAACCUUCAUUUUCUCAGACAUUUCCACAACAACUUCAAACAGACCAUCGACCGUAUGGAUGAUCGUCAUCAUCAAAAGUACCCCAAUCGAACAUCAGAUGUGGAGGAUAUACUCAAUGAUGUUCUGAAGAAGGGUAUGAUGGAGGUGUUUAUAUACAUCCUGGACGAGAUGGGUUGGGUCCUAGAACCUGGCGCCAAAGUGUCUGUUGACUAUCUGCCCAUGGAUCAACCAUUGGACAAUCUGGCAACAUUUCAAUCAUACUCCAGUUGCCAACAAACAAAUUGGAAUUCUACAAUACCUCUUACAAAGUGGCCAUAUAGACAAUGGAGAUGUACAAAGAAUCAUAUGGACAACGAAGAGAUGUCAUGGACAAUGUGA